UCUUGCCUCAGAAUGUUCAGAGCGCUCUGGUCUGAUCGCAUUUGUGGACCAGUUGGAGGAAGGGAGGAACUGUAGAAGGUUUCAGGGCUGCUUUUUGGCGCUCAGGAAAUAGAGGUCUUCUUGGGAUUGGAACUCAAGUCUCUUGCGGAAGAGAUGUCAAUGACGCAUGAACUCUGACCUUUAAAACCCUAGUAACCCAAGCAGGAUGUUAUGUCGUUUCAGCCAGACACGUAUAAGACACCAACGCAAAGUUACUUCUCGGCGCCCGCUUCUCGGCACCACUUGUACGAUCUGGAUAUCGACGCCGCGCGAGGAAAUGUGCACCCGAUUCUCAACGGAUCUAAAUCCAUGCAAGUGGAACCAGCCCAGGACCAAGGAGUACUCCAAGUCAGCCACAGCGAGGCUAACGCCUCGUCGACCGGGAGCGAGAAUCUGCUCCCCUUGCCGGACUGGCCCACCGCGAUAGAAAAAUGGGGCGUUUGGUGGGACCUUCACGUCUACGGUUUCUCCGUGCUAUUCAUCCUCUUGACCCUCGUCAGCUGCGGGGUCUUCCUGCGCUUCCGGUCGCGGGUUCAGAAGUUCAAGAUCGUCUUCAACACACUGAUAUUUCUGGCGACAUCCGGCGUUCUGAGGGCGGUGUUUAUGCUGGUCGAUCCAUACGGAUGCAAAGGUCAAAUGGCGACCCUGGUGAUCGGCAUCCUGACCCAGUCUGUGUAUCCAUUGUUCUGUGCCUGCUAUGGGUUGACCCAGGUGAUGUUGCUGAGAAUCACAAAGGUAGAUGUCGGUAACAGUAAAGUGAGAAGCUUGAGUUGGCUGAUGGGUUGCACGCUGACCUACUUGUUCCUCGUGGUGGUCAUCGAGUCUCUGGUGUCCUUUGAGCGCUCCUUAAAGCUUCUUCUUCUAGUGGACAGCGGCUGCUUCAUCGCAUGGUCCCUCUAUUUAGGAAUAACGUUUAUUUGUAGUGGAUUCAGGUUAAGCCAGUACGCGGAUGAAGCUAAAAGAGCGAGAAAAGAACUGAACGCCUUCAACAGCCACCGCCGAUCCGCCAGCAAUACGACCAAUCUUAUGGCCACGACGCUAUCAACGAAUGUUGGAGAAGAAAGCACAAUGUACAACGGGGAGACAGAUUUAAUCUCAGACAAUACAGCCACAUCGGACAUGUUCGUGGUCGCCGGAGGUGGUGGUCCAUACUCCCCAACUGCAGCGGCUUCAAAAAGCGGCAUAAGGCUCUCAAGGCCGAAGUUAAAAAUCUCGGACAAGAACCACAUGAUGGUGACGAUCGCCAGCGACGACGAUGACGUGUCCACGAGCUCCACUGACGUAGAAAACAUCAAAGGCGAUGUCAGCCAUCCGCGACGUACUAGAAAACGAUACCGACAGAAACGGAAUAGCAAUGUGUCCAAGGGAAAGGCAACGAACAGUUCUUACGUGUCUCUGUCUAUAACUGCUGAGUCGAACAGUAAUAAGAGAUCAUCGAAAAACAAAACUUCAGAUUUAGGAACUGGAGCCACGUCCCCAACGUUGGAUACUACACACUCUGUUCUCCCUUUGUCUACUGUGGAGUCUGUAGAGUCGUACAAUAUUAUUUUCAAAGGAGGUGUCUCCCAUUUGCCGUUUUCUCAUUGCAAAAAUAAUCACCUUGGGAAUUCGCACAACGAAGCUAGUCAAGCUCAGGAUCAGCAGUUGCCUCUUUUGCAAACGCCUGAUCCUUCAUCGGUUGGUACGCUGAACAUCAUCAACGAAGUCUCAAAACGCGAUGAAGUCGACAGUCUGGACGAUGAUAUUGUGGAAGACGACGGCGACGAUAAACAGACUGCGGCCUCCUAUGGUAAACAGGCUGUCCCUGCUGUUGGUUUUGAUAAAAGCACAGAUAACACGGAAUCAUUCAUGGAGACAGACUUUUUAGCCGAGAACUGCGUUGAGGAUACGGGCGAUCGCUCCUGCUGUGCGGUUGAUCCUAAAAUCAACCACCGUGGUGUGGCAUUGUCAGAGCUUGUGUUUAGCGUCCACUCCGAGAAUAACCAUCUUAGUAAUUCUCCUAGAGACAAUGGCUACUUGGCAGAUACCGAAAACAUAUUUUACUGUUCCUCAUUGUCAAAAGUAUGUGGCAGCUCGGGUCGUACAUUGUCAGGCAGGGAUGAUUCCGGCCAACCCCUUGGUGAUAUGUCUUCUCAGAGGUCAACGCCAACACACUCGGACGACGACUCUGUUUUGAGUCCGGCUUUGUCUGAGAGGAUGCAAUCCAUAGCUCCAGCAGCUUUGGGCUUAUUUAGAAUACGCCAGAGCAAGAUGGUCCAGCGGGCUGUACAUAUGACUUACUUGCUGACUUUUCUGUUCAUGUUUGCGUGUCUCUUACAAUUGUAUACUGUUUUCGGUGUCUAUGGAGUCCUAGGUACUAUACCUAGACCUGAUCCCUGGCCUUGGUUAAUAUUUCACAGCAUCUUUCGGGCGACUGAGGUUUCAAUUGGGGUCACGACAGUCUUCAUCGCGUUCCUGACACUUAACCAUCGGCAUCAACGAGCAAAGCGUCGUCAGCAGCAGCAGACGCAACAGCAGCAACAAAUCCAUGGAGAUCUAACACGAGACUGUAUCGUGUGAUAAUGUAAUCGUCAGUGACGGAGAUAGGAUGCAAACAAACCAACAUUUCGAGGAUGUCUGUUUCUAGUGAAUCAAGUUCGGCGUUCUUAUCUCCCUUAGAUGGAGACACCAGUACAAGAGACGUGAACACAAUUUGUCGUUUGGCUUUCAUAUCUGCUAGUGACGUUUUUGUUCAUUGAAAAGGAAAAGAAAUGUUUGACCAAAAACGAUAAUAGAAAAUCAGGUAGCAAAACUAAAUAAUUUACGAAUGAAUUCAAAACUAAAUUAAUAACAAAAAUUUUAAAAAAUAAAUAGACGUAUUUUUAUUCUACUCAAAACGUAAAUAACACAAUGGAAAUGUAAAAGAAAAAAUAAAACUGAAACUGAAAUAACGAAAGUACAAAGAUUUUUUUUUGAGAAAUAGUCAAAAAGUUGUAUAAAAAUAACUAUAAUUGUUUCCAUUUCCGUUCAUUUUUUUUUUAUUUUCCCUUUCAUAAUCGUUAACUUCUAAACGACUUUCAAAGAAGGCGACAAAACAUCUAAUUAUAGAAAGACUAAUGUUAACAUAUCUGUCCAUCAAUAUCUGCCCCCAUCAAGUAGGAUCCAUGCAACAGACCACUGCAACGAAUGAUAUGAUUCUUUUGUUUAACACUUUUCCUCCAAGUAAUAAUCAUAUUUGGUAGAAACCUUCCAUUCACAUCACUGCUAAGGAAGACAACAAGACUAGGUAAGACAUCACUUUUAGCGAAGAUAUCGUCCUUAGGGAAGAUAUAGUCCUUAGCGAAGAUAUAGUCCUUAGCGAAAAUAUAGUCCUUAGGGAAGAUAUGAUAGCUAAGAAAGACAUCACUGUUAGCGAAGACAUCAUCGUCAAGUAAUAAUCAUUGCUAGAGAAGAUAUUUCUAGUGACGUCAACAUAGGAUUACAUUAUCCCUCGGGAAGACACCACAGCUUUGAAAGACAUCCCUGCGAUCAAUGAAAGUAAAAUAUGAACUUUGACAAGAUGCGUCACAAUGUUUUAAAAAGUAAGGAUCUUGUUCAUAUAUUUUCCUAUACAGAAGAAAGCAUAUGCUGGAAAGAACUCUCUCAUGCCGUGCUCUGAACUUCAAUGUCUAUUUGUUUCGUUUCUUAUCUGUGAACAAUAUUUAAAUAUACUUAAACGUGCUUAUAUAUUUCCUUCAACUUUGGAAACCAAAUUUGUAAAAAAGCUUCAAUGAUCAAUGACAUUAACAUCAAGUGUAUUGCUAAUAAAAUGUGUAGAAUCAUUCUUAUUGGUACCAUGUUAUGCAAUUCGGACCAAUGGCUAUCUUUUCAUGGGUCACUUUACUAGAGCUACAUGGAGUUGAACUGAUGCCACGUUCUUGCAAGUGAUGUUCUAAUCUAUCUUUUAAAACUUGAUGUAUUCAUUCUAUACCAAUGUAAAUCAUAUGAAGUAUUGUCCAUUAGUUUCGUAGAUGUCAAAAAGUUUGAUCCAAAUCAAGAAUUCAAACCAGGAUGUGAGACCUGAUUUCUUAUGAUUGUUUUUGGCAUUAGAAGUGGACAAGUUGGAUCCAUUAGCUCUACAACUUUUAAAAACUACAAUAACAUGUAUACAAUUUGUAUUACUUAAUUUUACAUAGCGUUAAAUCUCAAUUAGAUACGCAGUUAAUUUUUUAAAAUUUCUAAUAUAAUUAAAUAUUAAUACUUAAUAUUAAUGUUUCCUCUAUGUUUCUCUCUCUCUCUCUUAUGUUCAUUCCUUGUCUGCGACAUAGUAGGGAAAACUAUUAAAGAAUACUUACUUAAUCAUAAUUGUCAUAAUCUUCUAUUGUUUUUGUUUUCUUUACAUAAUGCUGAACAUUUCUUUUCAAUUCAGUAUGUUACUGAUUUAAAUGAAUUAAUGUUUUAUGACCUUAAGAACUUUAUGUAACACUUUCAAAAAAAUGAUUCUCAAACAAAGAAAAUGUAUAAUUAACGACUUAUCUACUUUGUCUUCUAAAAAGAAUCUAAAUAAAUUAACAGCUAUGAUAUUUUAAAAAAUGUCUCCGCGUUACACAUCAGCUAUUGCUAUUAUGUUGCUAUGUUGUAUUGGGGGGAGGGGAGGGGGUAUCUAGUAUAUAGUUAACUUUGAAUUAAAAAUUUGAUGUAAUUUUUAUAAAUUGGCUUAUAUAGUGUUUUUGUUUUAGACGUGUUUUUAAUAUGAUGUAUCCAAAGUUUAAUUACAGCCUCGGGUUAUGUUACCCUUAUCUUAACUUAUCUUAUAUGAUACAGACGUUACUUCAAAAAAGAAGAUGAUUACAUCCUACGUCCUACCCUUAAGGUUCAGGAGCAACGCCAACAGAAAGCUGUGUAGCUCAAGAGAGCAUAGCAUGGGUGAGAAUAACAAUUUAGAAACAAACUUAAUAUAAAGACAAUGUUAUUCAUGAAACUAUUACCCAAGUACUAAGAUAUGAUUGAAAAUAAAAAACCCA